AUGUCGUCUCCGUCUCACACCCCUGCGGCACCGGACGCGGUGUCCGACAACGCCGCCAUGCUGGACGAAGAGUCGGCCAUCAAGGCCCUGACGGAGACCGUGCGAGACCAGGACGACCUUGAGCGCGACAUCACCUACCAGGCCGAGCUUGCCCUCAUCGACGCCGAAGACAAGCGCGACGAGAAGCGCAUUGAGCGGCUCGAGGCGUCCAAAACGAAGCUGGAAGCGCAGCGCAGCACCUACCAGCAGCGGCUACGGACGACGUCAACAGGUAACCCGGCGCUGCGGCGUCGUUUCGAGUCGGAAAUUGCCAAACUGGCGGCCGAGAUCGAGACGGCCGACAAAGACCUUGCCGAUUUUCGCCGACGCAUCGACCAGCGACAUGUGGGCGACGGCGGACGUGGAGCGGCGGGUCCGGCUUCAGCGACCGACGACGACAAGAGUGCCGGCAACCACCGGCUGCCCAACGAGACGCAGCGCGAGUUCCUGAUUCGCACUGGUAAAAUCACACCGUUUGCCAAGAUCAGCGGUGCGCGGCCCGACGGCGUCGAGGGUGACCUGGCCGAUGUGAUUCUGGAGGCUGAAGAUGAGGCCAUUGCAGAAGAGCUGGCCGGCAGUGCACGCGACGAGCCCCACUCGCACCAGAAUCUGCGGCUUCCAGGUUUCUCUGAAGGUGUCCAGGCCGUCAAGCUCGGCCGGGCGGAUGCACAGCGGACAGCAAAGCAGAAGCAGGAAACAGAAGCCCAGGCAGGACCAAGCACGGCCGCCGAGGCAUCCGUCGAGUCCGAGUUUUCACUACGGCCGCGCAAAAAGCGGAAAACAAGACCAGUCGAUGCUGAGCAAGGUUCCGACUACGGUGGUGGAGACGGUGACGAAGAUGAAUGGAAGCCGGCAGCAGACACCUCGGAGCCGGGAACGGCACCAACGUCCGGAGAUGAGAGCGACGAUGACGACACGACCGACUUCACCAAGCUCACGCGACCCAAAGCAAAGAAACAACGAGGGCGCAAAGGGCGAGCAUCCACACUAGCAAGCGAGACGGAAGGCGACUCGGACGCCAAGGUCAACCUGAGCGGCGUCGACGAUGGAAACGAGAUGGUCUACAAGCAACGCUUGGACAACUGGGUUACCCGGAGAAGAAAUGCGCGGCGGCUGCGGAGGCAGGCCGCCGGUUUUCCCGCGGAUGACGACGACGACACGCCCGAGUGGUUCAAACCAUCGCCAGACGAACCCGACCAUGUCUUUGAAAACGGCCUUCGUCUGCCGGGCGACAUUUACCCGUCGCUCUUUGCCUACCAAAAGACGGCCGUUCGGUGGCUCGCUGAGCUGUACGACAUGCGCGUUGGCGGUAUCAUUGGCGACGAGAUGGGCCUCGGCAAGACGGUGCAGCUGAUCUCGUUCGUGGCAGCCCUGCACUACAGCCGGCGUCUCGACAAGCCCGUCAUUGUUGUUGCACCGGCCACCGUCCUGCGGCAGUGGGUCAAUGAGUUCCACCGCUGGUGGCCCGCGCUACGGGUGUCCAUCCUGCACUCCUCCGGCAGCGGCAUGCUGAGUGUCAAGGGCGAAGACCGCAUCGAAGAGGAGGAGCUGCCGUGGGACAGCCGGCCCGAGAAGCGUGGAUCGAGUGCGGCGGCCAAGAAGAUUGUCGACCGCGUGGUGAAGCAUGGCCACGUUCUGGUCACGACCUAUGCCGGCCUGCAGACGUAUGGCGACGUUCUGAUACCUGUUCGUUGGGGCUAUGCCGUGCUUGACGAGGGCCACAAGAUCCGGAACCCAAACACCGCCAUCACGGUCUACUGCAAGGAGCUGCGGACGCCGAACCGCAUCAUCCUGUCAGGCACGCCCAUGCAGAACAACCUGACCGAGCUGUGGUCCCUGUUUGACUUUAUCUAUCCCAUGCGCCUGGGCACGCUCAUCAACUUCCGCAACCAGUUUGAGAUCCCCAUCCGGCUGGGCGGCUAUGCCAACGCGACGAACCUCCAGAUCAUGACGGCCCAGAAGUGUGCCGAGACGCUGAAGGAUGCCAUCAGCCCGUACCUGCUGCAGCGCCUCAAGGCCGACGUGGCCACCGACCUGCCCAAGAAGAGCGAGCAGGUCUUGUUUUGCAAGCUGACGGAGCCGCAGCGGCUGGCCUACGAGCUGUUUCUGAAAUCGGACGAAAUGAACGCCAUCCUGCGCAGAGCGCGGCAGUCGCUCUACGGCAUCGACAUUCUGCGCAAGAUCUGCAACCACCCUGAUUUGCUGGAACCGCCGCUGAAGCACAAGGAGGGCUAUUACUGGGGCAAUCCCAACAAGUCGGGCAAGAUGCAGGUCGUCAAGACGCUGCUGCAAAUGUGGAAGCGCUUCGGCCACAAGACGCUGCUCUUUUGCCAGGGCACGCAGAUGCUGGAUAUCCUGGAGGCGUUCGUGCAGCGCCAGGGCGACAUCAACUAUCUGCGAAUGGACGGCAAGACGGCCAUCAAGGACCGCCAGACGCUGGUCGACCGCUUCAACAACAGCCCCCACAUUGACUUGUUCCUCCUCACCACCAAAGUCGGCGGUCUCGGCACCAAUUUGACGGGCGCCAACCGCGUCAUCAUCUUUGACCCCGACUGGAACCCGUCGACGGACGUGCAGGCCCGUGAGCGUGCGUGGCGACUGGGCCAGAAAAAGGAGGUGACCAUCUACCGCCUCAUGACGGCCGGCACCAUCGAGGAGAAAAUCUACCACCGCCAGAUCUUCAAGCAGUUUCUGACCAACAAGGUCCUGAAGGACCCCAAACAGCGGACGACCUUUGGCUUGCAUGACUUGCACGACCUGUUCAGUCUCGGCUCGUACGAGGACGGCGUCACGGAGACGAGCGAGCUGUUCCAGGGCAGCGAGGUGAUGGUGCCCACCGGCCGCAAGCAAGUCAUUACACCCGGCCCGGACUCGGUCCCCAUCAUUACCGACGGCAACAAGGGCAAGGCCACGGAGGCUGCUGCCGCUGGUGAUGGUGAUGACGCCAAGCAGUUGCGCAGCAUGCCGGGUGUCGCCAAGCUGGAAGAGUUCCAGCAGGCCGACGAUGACGGUGCCAAUGCCAAUGCCAAUGGCGAAACCGCCGACACAUCUGCGUCGGCGCAGGAAGACCGCAUUAUGAAGGGCAUCUUCGCACAGUCCGCCCUCCACAGCGCUGUUGAGCACGAUAUGAUUAUGAACGGCGGCGGCAGCAGCAGCAGCAGCGGUAAACGCACUGUCCAGGCCGACCGCCGCAUCCUCGAACAAGAAGCGCGUCGUGUCGCGUCCGAGGCCGCCGCUCAUCUCCGGCAGGCCGGCGAAGAAGCCGGUCGCGUGCCGAUUGGUACGGUCACUUGGACAGGCGAAGUGGGCGAGGCCGGUCGGCCACGGAAUGUACGGAACGAGCGUCGCGGCCGUGCUGGGCCGAGCUCGUCCGGCAUUCUGGCCUCCAUUGCCGACCGCCAGGGUCUGCGGACGCCGACCAGCAGACGCUCACCCUCUGGCACACCCGACCGAGGAUAUGCUUCGUCUGCGUCUGCGUCUGCGUCGGCAUCGGCCGGCAUCACGGUCGACGAUUUUGAACGGAUGAUUCCCAACUUUAUUCGGAGACACGGUGGCAAGGUGCCGUCAAAGGUGCUUGUGGAUCAUUUUAAUCAGUAUUGCACGGGCAAGCAGCAAGCAGCCGAUUUCAAAAAGGCGCUGGAAGUGGUGGCGCGAAUGGAAAAGACGGGCUCGAGCAUGCGUGCCAUUUGGUCAUUGAAGCCCAAGUUUCAGCAGGCAUGA